ACACUUCAGAGAGUCUUCAACAAACAAACCAAGUUCUCUGCAAGAAACGGCAGCUUUGAGAUGAAAUCAGUCCAUUUUAUGUUCGCUCUCUCUCUUUGCGUCUCUGUUGGAUAUGCCCACAAAUGCCAUCAGUGUCAUAGCACUAAGAGUUGGGGAGACUGUGAGACCAAAGAAUUGACUUGCCCAGGGGAAAAAGAUCACUGUGCAAAAGUUAUGAUAGAGAAAUCCAACGGCCAAGAAUUCACCAAAGGUUGUACUUCAAAAGCUGAAUGCAAAGUAGAUGAACAUCCCUCUUGCAAGUCAGUUGAUUCUUCAGUAACUCUCAAAUGCGAGCUCCACUGCUGUACAGGCGAUUUGUGCAAUGCGGCUAUGGUGCCAAUGGUCAGCGCCAUCAUGCUUUUGGUCUGCGCUCUCGUGGCCUUUAUGUCUCUGUUUGGUGAACCUUGAAAAAGAUCACUGACUACAGUAAAACAGGCUCUACCACUGUAUUUGACUUUAAUUUGUGACAAACUACAACAAUAAAACGGUUUGAAAAUAGCCAUGGUAUUACUCCGUUGUUUCUAAAUUAAAACUUUCGUCCAAAAUGGACAUCAUUGUAGACAUUCCUAAGUGCAUAAUUAUUCCAAGGAAUUUAAAAUUAAAAAAACCCUGGAUUUAUUCA